CUACUGCUUUGCCCCGCUUUCUUGCAUCUCAGACUUUUAACACCAGGUAAGGAUAUCCUGAGAACUAAGCUACAGUUGGCUGAUGCAAACACAAUUAAGGGUUCUCAAGAGCUUUCGGGUACAUAAACUGAAAAGGAGUGACCAGUCUCAGUUCAAAAAUCCUCUAUGGCCAGGAGCCUAAGGACACAAAGCAGCUGUUCCCACUCUCGGGGGUCCCGAGGAAGGAGAGGAUGAUGGGAGAAACCAAGAAACUACAAGCCCCAGCAUGCAGUGCGCAAUCUGGCUCCCGGAAAGAGGGCUUUCGGGCGAUGCUGCCCGACCUCGGCCCUGAACGCGAGAUGCUGACUAUCGGGCCGACCAGAAUGUUUAGAAUGAGGAAGACAAGCGGGUCGCUGUGAAUGAACCCUUAAGUCCCGUAUCCAUAACGUUCGCAGUUUCGCUGGAGACCCUGGUAUGCAGGAGAGCGAAAUCUCUGCGAUCCAGCCCGGUCCGUCCUCGCCGGGACCAGACCUCCACGGUCCCAGAGCCUCCAGCGUUUCCUCUGGACGCCCGGGCCGGAUAUGAUGUCUCCGUAGAGGAAGAAGGAAGAGGCGGAGCGGGGAGCGGUGACGUCCUUCCAAGAUGGCGGAGAGAGCGUGAAACUGUUGCCCCUUGAUUUGCUCUAGAACAAGGGUAAAAUUCCAUUCUGAUAUCAAAAUGCAGUAUUCGCACCACUGUGAGCACCUUUUAGAGAGACUGAACAAACAGCGGGAAGCAGGUUUUCUUUGUGACUGCACCGUAGUGAUUGGGGAAUUCCAGUUUAAAGCUCAUAGAAAUGUCCUUGCCUCAUUUAGUGAGUAUUUUGGUGCGAUCUACAGAAGCACUUCUGAGAACAAUGUCUUCCUUGAUCAGAGUCAAGUGAAGGCUGAUGGAUUUCAGAAACUGUUGGAGUUUAUAUACACAGGAACUUUAAAUCUUGACAGUUGGAAUGUUAAAGAAAUUCAUCAGGCUGCUGACUAUCUCAAAGUGGAAGAGGUGGUCACUAAAUGUAAGAUAAAGAUGGAAGAUUUUGCUUUUAUUGCUAAUCCCUCUUCUACAGAGAUAUCUAGUAUUACUGGAAACAUUGAAUUGAAUCAACAGACUUGUCUCCUUACUCUACGGGAUUAUAACAGUCGGGAAAAAUCAGAAGUGUCUACAGAUUUAGUUCAGGCAAAUCCUAAACAAGGGGCUUUAGCAAAGAAGUCAUCUCAAACGAAAAAGAAGAAGAAGGCCUUCAACUCCCAGAAAACAGGACAGAAUAAAACAGUGCAAUAUCCCAGUGACAUUUUAGAGAAUGCAUCUGUUGAAUUAUUCUUAGAUGCAAAUAAAUUGUCCAGUCCUGUAAUAGAACAAGUUGCACAAAGAAAUGAUAAUUCAGAACUCGAGUUGACAUCAGUUGUGGAAAAUACUUUUCCAGCACAAGACAUUGUGCAAACUGUUACAGUGAAACGGAAACGUGGAAAAUCACAGCCAAACUGUGCUCUGAAAGAACAUUCUAUGUCUAAUAUAGCCAGUGUCAAGAAUUCUUAUGAGCUGGAGAGCUCUGGGGAAGAGCUGGAUCAGAGGUAUUCCAAGGCCAAGCCAAUGUGUAACACAUGUGGGAAAGUGUUUUCAGAAGCCAGCAGCUUGAGAAGGCACAUGAGAAUACAUAAAGGAGUUAAACCUUAUGUCUGCCACUUGUGUGGAAAGGCAUUUACGCAAUGUAACCAGCUGAAAACGCAUGUAAGAACUCAUACAGGUGAGAAGCCAUACAAAUGUGAAUUGUGUGAUAAAGGAUUUGCUCAGAAAUGCCAGCUAGUCUUCCAUAGUCGUAUGCAUCAUGGUGAGGAAAAACCCUAUAAAUGUGAUGUAUGCAAUUUACAAUUUGCAACUUCUAGCAAUCUCAAGAUUCAUGCAAGGAAGCAUAGUGGAGAGAAGCCAUAUGUCUGUGAUAGGUGUGGACAGAGAUUUGCUCAAGCCAGCACAUUGACCUAUCAUGUUCGUAGGCAUACUGGAGAAAAGCCGUAUGUGUGUGAUACUUGUGGGAAGGCAUUUGCUGUCUCUAGUUCUCUUAUCACUCAUUCUCGAAAACAUACAGGUGAAAAACCAUACAUAUGUGGUAUUUGUGGGAAAAGUUUUAUUUCCUCAGGAGAGCUCAACAAACACUUUCGAUCCCAUACAGGAGAAAGGCCAUUUAUCUGCGAAUUAUGUGGAAAUUCUUACACAGAUAUUAAAAAUUUAAAGAAGCACAAAACAAAAGUCCAUUCUGGUGCAGAUAAACUUCCAGAUUCUAGUAUAGAGGAUCAUCCGUUGAAUGAACAAGAUUCUAUACAAAAAAGUCCUUUAUCAGAAACACUGGAUGUGAAGCCUUCUGAUAUGACUUUACCACUAUCUCUUCCGCUUGGGACUGAGGACCACCACAUCCUUCUGCCUGUCACAGAUAACCAGUCUCCUACAUCAGAUACGUUGUUGAGAUCAACUGUGAAUGGGUAUUCAGAACCACAGUUGAUUUUUUUACAGCAAUUAUACUGACUUUGUGAGGAAUAUGGAAUUGCUAAGACGUCUUUGGUAGUAAACAUAAACAUCUCUGGUAAGGUGCAUAUAUUCAUAUUAAAUUAGCAUUCAUUUGAGUUGUGACCAUUAUUUUCCAUUCAGCUGAAGUAAACACCUGAUGCUGCAUCAUAACUGCAAUGCUUGUUUUGAUUUUUGGCUUCUAUGCCUAGAUUAUAAACAUGACAUGUUAAGGAGUGAGUUAUACUAACGUAGCACUAUUUUGAAUGGAUGAGUUUUUUCUCUUAGAGCUGCCUUAAUUCAUUUUUAUUUUGCAUUUUAAAUUGCUUUUCAUUUAUUUAAGUGGAAUCUUUCCAUUUAUAUGAGUCAGUUUUGACCUGCGGGAUUUUUUAGUUUUUUUCCCCUCAAAAUUUAAGCAAAAUCUGUGAUAGUAUCAGGCCAAUAGAGUUGCUGUACCAAGUCCCAUAGACCAGUACAUAAACUAUGGGGGGAAAGUGAAUUUUCAUUCUUGUACUUAAGAGAAUUUAGGUACUGAAUAAGAAUUGUGCUGUUUCUCUAUUAAUAUAUUCCAUUGGAGGUAACUUUUCUAAUGACACAAAAAGAAGUGUUUUUCUUAAAAGCUAGAAAACUGUAUAUACAUUUUUGUUCAUUUAGGCCUCAGAAUUCUGGAGAAAAGCAGUGAUCAGUACUUUUGAGUUAUCCAAAACUACAUUUAUUUGCAAAAUGAGUUUUAAAUAGAUCAUAUGGUAUUUUUAUCUUAAUAAAGACAGCUUCAAAAUUUGAUUCAGGUUAUGUUUUAAUAGGUUUCUAGAUUACUGGAGAUGAGGAAAAUAUGAAUUUUGAAGAUUUUUGAUAAGCCUUGCUACACCUGUUACGCACUUUUUAAAAUACUAAGCUGCAAAAAGAAUUUUUUAAACGUAAACCUAAUGUGAACGCUAAAUCACUUGGCUUCUCAAUUGACACAUUGUAAUUACAUAAAGAAUUAAGAAAUUAGCUUCAUUUAUCAGUGAACAUUUGAGUUAACAGAAAGCCAGUUUGCUAAAUAUUUUACAUUUUUCUAUAAGUUUUGAGUUUAAAAUUUUAUGAAUCAAACCACAACAUUUGGUUGUUGUCAGACUGCCUACAGUAGUCUGUCUUCUUCUUACUGAAUGUAAAAAAUUCAGUAUCAUUCUGAUAUUUACUUCCCCAGCCCACUUUUCCCACAUAAUUCAUUUAUAUUACUGCCUGAUCUUUGGACAUUAAAUUACCAGUUCCACAGAGUCAGUUCCUAUGCUGCUGAUCAAACACCAUGGUGACAUUAUUUCUUAUUUCUGCCAUGCAUUAGUUGUGGCUUAUUUGUUUUCUGUAAUAAAGUUAACGUGGGGUUUGGGGUUUUUUUGAUAUUGAUUUCCUUAAUUGAAUUUUCUCUGGCAUCCUAGUCAGAAGAACCAACUAGAAGAGGAUGUAAUGAGACUACUUAAUUCUUGUACACUGUAGAGAUGGCCACCGUUUCGCAGCACACUCACCAUUUUCGCAGUAGUUUGCCACCAGUGGGACUGACUUCACAGUUUGAAAUAUUCCCUUUGUGUAAUAUACAUCAAACUUAGGAUUUAACUAUUUAAGAAAUCUAAUUAUGCUUGUGUAUUAAUAUGCUGGGUUUAAAUACAAUUUACAAAGUUAUAAAAUGUUCAACUAAUCUAUUCUGGCUUAAAUUCAAUAGGAAUUUAUUGGAAUGUGAAGAAAUUAAAGAAAAUUAAAAGACUCAGCCUCUUUAAGAAGUCUGCUGAAAUGGAGAGGUUAUAUUUAAUUCACAUCUUCAUUAAUCCAAGCAUCUAAAGAAUAAAAUUUCAAAAAUGGCUACAGUGAUGUCAAAAUUUUAUGAGAGCUGUAGUUACCAAAUUUCUUCUAAUAAUGGUAAUUAGCAUUUUAUAUAGAUUAGUCCUCAGAUUUAUUAUUUUUAAUAUUAUUGGAUUGGAAUGGGUAAGGUUGAUUUACUGUGUUUUUUCUCCAUCACAUUAUCUGCUUCAUAACUAAAAUACUUUCUUUUAAAAUUGACAUGUCUUGAUGGUCUUCCAGAGUGACAUGUGAGAAAUCUUGAAGGCUGAGGUCCCUGUCUUGUCAUUCUUCUCAUAAUGCUAUACAAUUUUUUAUGACAAUAUGCUUAUAUUUUAGUUGUAUCUGGUGUCAUUUUAACACUCAGUUACCGUUUAAAUAAGUCCGGUUUUAAAUAUAUUUGUUACAAUGCA